AUGUCUGUCACUCCUGUUAACGCUGAUAACGCUCCUGCUGCUCUUGGUCCUUACUCCCACGCUGUCAAGGUCAAUAACCUUGUCUAUACCUCUGGUCAAAUCGCCCUUGACCCUGCUACUGGCGAUAUUGUAAAAGGUGGAAUUAAAGAACAGACUGAACAAGUUCUCAAGAAUCUCGAAGCUGUUUUGGAAGCCUCCGGCUCCAGUUUUGACAAGGUAGUCAAGACAACUGUUUUCCUCAAGGACAUGAAUGACUUUGUUGCCAUGAACGAAGUUUAUGGCUCUUUCUUCUCUAGCCACAAGCCUGCUCGUUCUGCUGUUCAAGUUGCUCGUCUUCCAAAGGAUGUCGAUGUUGAAAUUGAAUGUAUUGCUUUGACCAAUUAA